GCGUGGUUUUGCAAAUGCCGCCGGGCCGUCUCCCUGCGCGUGGUGCUGAUGAGAGUGCCCCUUUAAAGUCGCCUAGCAGCGAGGCAGACCACGCCCCGUGUCUGACAAGCCUGGGCGAACUCAGACCGCCGCGGAAAGCGUCUCACUUUUCUCCUCUCUGCAUCUCCUCCUUCCGCCGUGCCAGAUCCUCGCGCGGAGUUAUCCGCACACAACAAAACAACAUUUAAACAUUCACUGGAAAAGGCCAGGGCACAUAGGUUCGCGUAAUUUAAGCAGUUGCCGAAUUUCUUUCUUUUAAAGCCAGUAAGACGAUAAACACGUUUUAUCGUUUUUUAGCGAAAUACCGUCAAAAUAUUAGGCCGAAGACAGUCUAUUUCUGAAGUGUAUUCCAAAGUAUUUUCAUGAUGACUGAUCCUACCACAGAAUGUAAUAUCAGGGUGCUCUGUCGCUUCCGCCCCCUGAAUAAAGCCGAAAUUCAGCGCGGGGACAAAUUCCUUCCCAAAUUUCAAGAAGACGACACCGUCAUCGUCGGGGGAAAGUCCUUCGCGUUCGAUCACGUGUUUCCCACCAACACCACACAGGAACAGGUGUACAACACCUGCGCAAAGCAGAUCGUCACAGAUGUCCUGGGUGGGUACAAUGGUACAAUUUUUGCUUAUGGACAAACCUCCUCUGGAAAGACCCACACCAUGGAGGGUAAACUGCACGAUCCGCAGCAGAUGGGAAUUAUUCCCCGGAUCGCGGAGGACAUUUUCAAUCACAUCUUCUCAAUGGACGAGAACCUGGAGUUUCACAUCAAGGUUUCCUAUUUUGAAAUCUAUAUGGAGAAAAUUCGAGAUCUUUUGGAUGUGACUAAGACCAACCUGUCUGUGCAUGAGGAUAAGAACCGGGUCCCCUAUGUCAAGGGCUGCACGGAGCGUUUUGUGUCCAGCCCAGAGGAAGUCAUGGAUGUGAUUGACGAGGGGAAAUCCAAUCGUCACGUUGCUGUCACCAAUAUGAAUGAGCACAGUUCCCGCAGCCACAGCAUCUUCCUCAUUAACAUAAAGCAGGAGCACGUGGAGACGGAGCAGAAGCUCAGCGGGAAGCUCUACCUGGUGGACCUGGCAGGGAGCGAGAAGGUCAGCAAGACAGGUGCAGAAGGCGCAGUCUUGGAUGAGGCAAAAAAUAUAAACAAGUCGCUGUCAUCACUGGGCAACGUCAUCUCGGCAUUGGCUGAGGGGACGAAAACCCACGUGCCGUACCGGGACAGCAAGAUGACCCGAAUCCUGCAGGACUCGCUGGGGGGGAACUGCCGCACCACCAUGUUCAUCUGCUGCUCCCCCUCCAGCUACAACGACGCCGAGACCAAGAGCACCCUGAUGUUCGGACAGCGUGCUAAGACCAUCAGGAACACGGCCUCUGUGAACCUGGAGCUGACUGCGGAGCAGUGGAAGAGGAAGUAUGAGAAGGAGAAGGAGAAGAACAAAACCCUGAAGGAGACCAUCCAGCGGCUGGAGGCGGAGCUAGGUCGCUGGCGCAGUGGUGAGGACGCGUGGGGGGUCGCGAGUGAGCAGCUGAGCUCGGGGGAGGAGAGGCCGGAGGCUGGGGGUGACAGCCCUGUGUGUGUGUGUACUGUAUGUGUGUGGAUACAUGUGUACUCACUGCUGUGUGUGUUUAUGCAGGAUGAUGAGAUUAAUCAGCAGAGUCAGCUGGUGGAGAAAAUGAAGGACCAAAUGCUGACUCAGGAUGAGUUGCUGGCGUCCACGCGUGGGGACAGCGAGCGGGUCCAGAUGGAGCUGGCUCGGCUGCAGACGGAGAGCGAGAGCGCCAAUAUGGAGGUGAAGGAGGUGCUGCAGGCCCUGGAGGAGCUGGCCCUCAACUACGACCUGAAGAGCCAGGAGCUGGAGGAGAAGGGCCUGCAGAACAAGCUGCUGGCUGACGAGCUGUCGCAGAAGAUGGCCAUGCUGAUGUCACUGGAGGCGGAGCUGUGCCUGAUGCAGGAGGAGAGCGGACCGGUGGAGAUCAGCGGGGCGAUCGAGGAGGAGUUCACCGUGGCGCGGCUCUACAUCAGUAAGAUAAAGUCGGAGGUGAAGUCCAUGGUGAAGCGCUGCAGGCAGCUGGAGAGCCUGCAGCUGGAGUGCCAUCGCAAGAUGGAGGAGACCGGCCGCGAGCUGUCCUCCUGCCACCUGCUCAUCUCACAGCACGAGGCGAAGAUCCGCUCCCUGACGGAGUACAUGCAGAGCAUGGAGCAGAAGAAGAGGCAGCUGGAGGAGAGCUACGAUGCCCUGAGCGAAGAGCUGGAGCUGAGCCACCUGCAGGGCCCGGAGAACGCACAGGGCGAGUCAACCAAGAACAGAAUGCAGGACCCUGAGGAAGGAGGUGAUGACAAGAAUGCACUGGAGCAGCGUGCUGAGAGCCAGCGGGAUUCGCACCACCGGCAGCUGGGACGCUUGCGGGACGAGAUCAAUGAGAAGCAUAAGCUCAUCGAUGACCUCACAGAUCGGAACCAGAAGCUGGAGUUGGAGCUGGAGCAGCUACGCGUUGAGUACGAGUGCCUGAGGAGUCGCGAGCACCACAAGAGCGAGCGCCUGGCAGAGCUGACAUUUAUGCACGAGCGGCACGAGCAGGCCAAGCAGGACCUAAAGGGCCUGGAGGAGGCAGUGGCCCGUGAACUCCAGACCCUCCAUAACCUGCGCAAGCUUUUUGUUCAAGACCUCACAAAUCGAGUCAAGAAAAGUUCUGAAAUUGAGGCUGAUGACACUGGGGGGUUUGCCACCCAGAAGCAGAAGAUUUCCUUUCUUGAGAACAACCUUGACCAGCUUACUAAAGUUCACAAACAGCUGGUACGUGACAAUGCAGAUCUGCGUUGUGAGCUUCCUAAACUGGAGAAACGUCUUCGGUCUACGGCUGAGAGGGUUAAGGCCCUGGAGGGGGCCCUGAAGGAGGCCAAGGAGGGCGCCAUGAAGGACCGGCGGCGCUACCAGCAGGAGGUGGAGCGCAUCAAGGACGUCAUGCGCGCCAAGAACUCGCUGCGGCGCCCCCACGCUGCGCAGAUCGCCAAGCCGAUUCGCCCGGGACACAACCCCGCCUGCUCCCCUACCAACCCGCUGAUUAUGCGCACAAAUGAGCCAAUCGCCUUCAGCAACGUGCUGUUCCAGCGCGCCCGCCAUGGCCCGCCCUGGCCCCACUGCCCCCUGGCCCCAGCCCCACUGGGGAGUCCUUCGAACCAGGUGUCAGACAGCAAACGGAACACUGUGAUCAGCUCCACAGAGGGCCUGGACACCUACCUGCUCAAUGUGGAGAACGGCAACGCCACAGACAUCAACGAUAACGACAGGGGCAGGAUGCUGUGUGGCACUGAGAUGGACGACUCCGCCAAAGUUUACCUGAUCCAUCAGCAGAGCGCAGCCAGCUAGUGACCGGAGCCCGGUGAUGUUUCUGCCAGGUUAUCUGCAGUAGGCCUAUCCUUGUAAAUGUGUAAAUCUGCAUGCUGCACACACACACACACACACACACACACGUACACACACACACACUCACACACACACACACACACACACACACACACACACACU